AGCAAAGAAUUGAUGACUGUUUUAGUUAGAAAUGAAGUUUUGAUUAUUUCAAACUGUGAUUUCAAACGUUAUUUCCACUUUGUCCCUGCGGUGACGUCAGAAUGAAGCCGACUGCUGAUGAAAUCGCUCAGUUAUGUUACGAUCGUUUCAGCGAACUUCCAAGCAGAGGGAAGCCCAAAGCCGGCAGAGAGUGGAGCCAACUGGCCGCCGUCGUCCGGAUCGACAACCGGACCGACCAUGUGGAAAUGAAGGUCAUUGCACUGGGAACUGGAACCAAAUGUAUCGGACAGACGGCCAUGAGUCCCAAAGGUGAUGUUCUCAACGACAGCCACGCGGAGGUCAUUGCCAGAAGGGGCUGUGUCAGGUAUCUGAUCCAGGAGCUCCACAGGGCGGUUACUGGUCAAAAGAGCUCAGUAUUCUGCCAGGCAGAUCAGCAGGGGAAGUGGAGGUUGCAUCCUGGGGUGUCCUUCUGCUUCUUCACCAGUCACACUCCCUGUGGCGAUGCAUCCAUCAUUCCUAUGAUUGACAGACUGUCUGAACCGUGUCCUCUUGUAAGUUCUGUGAACAGCUAUGAAGGCAAAGUUGAUGGAACUGGUGGAGACCAACUCAAAAGGAAAGCUGACGAGGCACUGGAAGGGCAAAUCUCAAAGCUGCCCCAUUUGGAGGAACAGGAGACACAAGAGACAAAAUCUUCUGAAUCCAUCUUUUCAGAUGAAGGUCAAAUGGAGGAUCCAUCACACAGUAAACGGACAACUUCAGGAGAACAAGCAGGACCACACACAACCUCCAGGCCUCCUGACUUCAAACAGAUGGACAAUACUGUCAAACAGGCCUCCGAUAUUUACAGAACAGGGGCCAAAUGUGUCCCCGGGGGGCCAGCUGACCCUCUGCAACCUGGGGUGGACUACCACAGCACAGGCAUGCUCCGCAUGAAGCCUGGCCGAGGAGAACCAACUCAGUCCCUCUCCUGCAGCGACAAACUGGCUCGCUGGGGGGUUGGUUUCCAAGGAGCACUGCUGUCUCAUUACCUCCAGGAGGUGCUCUACUUUAGCUGUGUGGUUGUGGGAAGUGCCCCUACAGUUCAGAGUGGUUUAGGUCCUCCUGUGCUUUGUAGGUGUUCCCACGUCUCAGAGCUUCCUGCUGGCUUCUUGCUGAGCUCACCGGUGCUGCUUCAGUCCAGCCUGGAGUUCCCCUUCAGCCAGACGCAUACUGAGCUCCGUCACGAGUCCGGAUGGGGCCGCAUCUCCGCCUGUGGAGCAGCUGUCAGCUGGUGUCAUGUGACCGAUCAGCCUCUGGAUGUGACUGCUAACGGCUACAGACAUGGAGUCACCAAAAGCUUGUGGGAACAGCUAAGGCCAGGUAGACCUGUAACAGAAAGAGCACAAACCAGCGUAGAGCUCUUCCACUCCUUCCUGUCUGUGGUGGAAGCCACUGACUCGUCAAUGCUUCCGGACUCUCUCAGGUAUCUGAUCCAGGAGCUCCACAGGGCGGUUACUGGUCAAAAGAGCUCAGUAUUCUGCCAGGCAGAUCAGCAGGGGAAGUGGAGGUUGCAUCCUGGGGUGUCCUUCUGCUUCUUCACCAGUCACACUCCCUGUGGCGAUGCAUCCAUCAUUCCUAUGAUUGACAGACUGUCUGAACCGUGUCCUCUUGUAAGUUCUGUGAACAGCUAUGAAGGCAAAGUUGAUGGAACUGGUGGAGACCAACUCAAAAGGAAAGCUGACGAGGCACUGGAAGGGCAAAUCUCAAAGCUGCCCCAUUUGGAGGAACAGGAGACACAAGAGACAAAAUCUUCUGAAUCCAUCUUUUCAGAUGAAGGUCAAAUGGAGGAUCCAUCACACAGUAAACGGACAACUUCAGGAGAACAAGCAGGACCACAGACACAACCUCCAGGCCUCCCUGACUUCAAACAGAUGGACAAUACUGUCAAACAGGCCUCCGAUAUUUACAGAACAGGGGCCAAAUGUGUCCCCGGGGGGCCAGCUGACCCUCUGCAACCUGGGGUGGACUACCACAGCACAGGCAUGCUCCGCAUGAAGCCUGGCCGAGGAGAACCAACUCAGUCCCUCUCCUGCAGCGACAAACUGGCUCGCUGGGGGGUGUUGGGUUUCCAAGGAGCACUGCUGUCUCAUUACCUCCAGGAGGUGCUCUACUUUAGCUGUGUGGUUGUGGGGAAGUGCCCCUACAGUUCAGAGGUCAUGCAAAGGGCAUUGAUUACAAGGUGUUCCCACGUCUCAGAGCUUCCUGCUGGCUUCUUGCUGAGCUCACCGGUGCUGCUCCAGUCCAGCCUGGAGUUCCCCUUCAGCCAGACGCAGACUGAGCUCCGUCACGAGUCCGGAUGGGGCCGCAUCUCCGCCUGUGGAGCAGCUGUCAGCUGGUGUCAUGUGACCGAUCAGCCUCUGGAUGUGACUGCUAACGGCUACAGACAUGGAGUCACCAAAAAGCUUGUGGGAACAGCUAAGGCCAGGUCACGUCUGUGUAAGGUAGAGCUCUUCCACUCCUUCCUGUCUGUGGUGGAAGCCACUGACUCGUCAAUGCUUCCGGACUCUCUCAGGGGAAAGAAGCUGACCAGUUACUGGGAGUACAAGCAGGCGGCGCAGUUGUACCAGCGGGCGUGGCAGCAGCUCCGCCUCCAGGCAUUCCCCCUGUGGCCACGCGGCAGCACCGACCUCCUGCUCUUCUCCUGAAAGGUCAUCGAGCUCACUCAGACACCGUCCUUUACAGCAAUAAUGUUCACGUGUCUGUGGCUGUGCAUGUAUUUAUUAGAUUUUCCAGCCUCUGCAAAACCUUUGAAAAACUUGAAAGUCAGAGCAGAUGUAGAAUCUCUCUCAAAAGGAUCGGUUUGGGUUUGAGGCCGUCACAAACAUUGUCCACUAGUUCCAGAAUGCCUCAAUUAAAAUCUGUGUCCUUAUUCAGAUUGUUCCAGCACAGUGGUCUUGAAAGUUUAAGUCACCAAUGACCUGGUAACAUACUACAACCCCUGGCAAAAAUUAUGGAAUCACCGGCCUCGGAGGAUGUUCAUUAACAGAAAAAAAAGAAAAAAAGCAGAUCACAGACAUGACACAAAA